AUGCAGCAAAGAGAGAAUGCCAAGAAUCCAAAGCAGGCUUUGCAGGUUCACCGUAGUAGCCUCUCUGCAUGGCAAAUAGGAGAGAGAACAGCUGGCCCAAAGACUGUGGACUUGAAAAGUGCCCAGAAACAUGAGAAAGGGAAGCAGCAAUCUGCCAGUGACAAGGCAGGCAACAGCACACAAGACCAUCUGGAGCAAGCUCUGACCUAUUUUGAGAGAGUUAAAGACUACAUUCCACUGAAAAAGAAUGAGGUUCUGCAGAAACACUUGGCUACUGUGGAAAGCAUUGCACUGCAGAGAGGAUUAUCCCCAGAAGGACUUGAUGUGUUGCUGAAUGUGGCACUCAGUGGCCACCUUGCUGAUACAGUAAAUACUCGGAUCUUGAAGUGCCUGAUUCCAGCCUCAGUAAUAGCAGAAAGUUCAGUGGUUUCAGCAGUAUCCUGGCUCUGUGUUGGCAAAUGCUCUGGCAGCACCCAGCUGCUCUUCUUAAGAUGGCUGAUUGCAAUGUUUGACUUCAUUGAUCACAAAGAAAAGCUUCAUGCACUCUAUGGCUUCUUCUUCUGCUCCCUGCAAGAUGAGAAGCUGUGCCCCUAUGUUUGUCAUCUGCUGUAUCUGCUGACCAGAAGAGAGAGCGUUAAGCCUUUUCGGGUGAGGAGACUGGUAGAUUUACAGGCAAAGAUGGGAAUGCAGCCUCAUCUGCAGGCUCUGCUAUCACUGUACAAACUUUUCUGCCCUGAGCUGGUGUCCAUAACUCUGCCUGCAAAGAUGAAGACCUACUUCAAGAAUUCAGAAAGCCUGUGGAAGGCAGCAAUCAACACCAUAAGGCGAAGAAAUCAGGGAACGUCUCCAACAUCCCAGCAACUGAUUCUAGGCACAGGUCACCCUCAGUCCCGGAAGAGAAAAUGGAAUACCCAGUUGAUUUUGCCUGUGUGCAGCACUGACACAAACAACCCAACUAGGAGCAAGGAGAUCAAUCAUGCUGACAUCCUCAGUCACAGUGAAUCUUUCCCAGUGGAGCAGCUACACACCUUCUCCCAGCUCUUACAGAACAUCCACCGCCUAGAGUUUCCUUCCCAGAUGGGCUCAGUGCUAAGGAAUUCCUUGCUGCUUCACUACAUUAAUUGUAUCAAAGAUGAAUCUAUCUACUUAAGGCUCUACUAUUGGAUGGGCCAGACUCUUCAAGAAGAAUGCACUUGGUAUAAGCUUGAUAACCAGCAGUAUGAAGAAGAGUUCAAGGACUUCCUGGAUAUUGUCUACAAGACAGAGUGUUUCUUGCAAGAGGGGUUCUCUUCCUGUGAAGAAUUCUUGUAUAAGAGCCUUCCCCUCUGGGAUGGUUUCUGCUGUCGAUCGCAAAUCCUCAGGCUGGUGAGCUGGAUCCCCCUCAGCAGCUUCUCAGAAAUGAAAGCACAUCUUUGUGAACCUCUGGCACAGCUUUUUUUUACAUCAUCCCUUUAUUUUAAGUGUAGUGUUCUUGAAAGUCUGAAGGAGCUGUUGCAGAACUGGCUGAAUUGGCAUGUGAUGCAGUUGGAUGUGGAGUCUGAUCCUAAAAUCAGUCCUUUGAACACCACUCUUUCUGGACUGGUGAACUCUGUGGCUGAGCUGAUCCACUUUGUAGGGUGGAUCGCCACUGUAGCACUGCACUUGGAGAACAAUGCUACUUUCUUGCUGUACUUUAUUCUGGAUUUCUAUGAGACAGUGUGCGAUGUGUAUCUUAAGUAUAACCUACCCUUGUUGGUGAUGCCUCCUCCUGGAGUUUUUUACCCAGCACUGCUCAGCAUGGAUGCUGUCAGUCUGAACCAGCUCUGCUACAUUAUGUACAGGUAUCGAACCAACUUGGUAGCUGCGAAAGAAAAUGAGCUGAUUAAAAAGACAAUACUGCAAUUCAAGUUCAGUAGCCAGACUUACCAAGAGUACAACCAGUACAUAAUGGCCAUGGUGGGCUGUCUGUGGACAUCCAGUGCAUUCCAGAAGGAUAUCCACCCUCAGGGCAUUCGCCUAGAUCCGGAAGUACUGAAGAAAACCAGAGUGCAGGAGGUCAGGAACAGCUUCAACAUUGUCCACCACCCAGCCCUGAUGGGCUAUGCUAUCCUCUUCCUGCAGCAGGCUUGGCCAGAAGAUAAAACCCUGAACUUCAACUUAAUUAAGGGGAGGCGGUGGAACUGGUAUCUGGAAUAUCUCUACGUGCAGGGGUUACAAGGCCUGAAACUCUUCAUCGAAAGCAGCAUCAAUCGUGUUUCUCAGGUCUCCCAAACCAAGUCAGGGAAUGUUCAGGUGUAA